GGGGCGCCUCGGGUCGGCCUAUGCGGCCAGGACAGUGGCACACACGGAGCUCACGUGAGUGAGUGUGAAUGUGUGGUGCCUGCCCCGUGCACAGGUGUGUCUGUGUGGCAGUGCCGUGAGUGUGCGCCUGGGCGCUGAGAUCUGGCCCUCCUGCUCGCGAGACGCAGAGCUCAGCCGGAGCUGUGACAGUGCCGCCCUGGGGACCGCCUGGACAGGUGGUGAGCACCCCAUCCCUGAGAGGAUCCAAUCAGGGCUGCCAUGGAAGAAAACUUCUAUUCAGACGUCCAGAAUCUGCACCGACGGCGGUGCUGCCGGCAGAGGGUGCUGACUGCGCUGCUGGUGCUGGUGAUGGCCUCGAUGUGGGCCGGGCUGCUGACUCUGCUUCUCCUGUGGCGCUGGGACACUGUACAGAAUCUGAAACAGCUGGAAGACACUGCUGCCCUGAACAUCUCUCAGGUCUCCAAGGGCUUGGAAAGACACAAGGAUGACCAGAUGGCCCAGAGGUCCCAGGAGGCCCAGGCACUGCACACCGUGGAGGAAAUCCAAGCAGAACAGAGGAGAAUGAAAGACCAGGACUCUGAGCUGUCGCGGGACCUGGAUGGACUCCGAGAGGAUCUGACCAACCUCAAGUCCCAGGGCUUGAACGAGAGACGCGCAACCUUGACUUCACUGGAAAAGCUCCAGGAGGAGGUGUCCAAGCUGUGGGUGGAGCUUCGCAUGUCCAACGCCCGGACCCCAAAAGUGACUCCAGGAAAGACGCUGCCACCCACUCUGCUCACUGUACCCUUGGUGCCCACCACGAUGUCCACCACUGCACCCACCACUGCACCCACCACAGCACCAGCCACGGCGCCCACCCUGGUGUCCGCCACAGCUGUCCCCCUGAGCCUCUCCUCCACCCCAGGCUCCAUGUGUAACACGUGCCCUGAGGACUGGGUCAGUUUCCAGCAGAAGUGCUACUACUUUGGGGAGGGUGCCAAGAGGUGGAUCCAGGCGCGGUUCGCCUGCAGCAAUCUCCAUGGGCGGCUCGUCAGCAUCCACAGCCAGGAGGAGCAGGACUUCCUGGCCAAAUAUGUCAACGAGAAGGGCUCCUGGAUCGGCCUUCGGGAUCUAAACAUAGAGGGGGAAUUUGUCUGGAUGGACGGGAGCCCCCUGGACUAUAGCAACUGGCGGCCGGGGGAGCCCAACAAUGGGGGCGAGGGCGAGGACUGCGUGAUGAUGCUGGGCCUCGGGCAGUGGAACGACGCCUUCUGCAACAGCCAUCUCGAGGGCUGGAUGUGUGAGCAGCUGGCCACCUGCUGACUGCCUGCCUCCUGCUUGGCCCCCCAGACGAGGGCCCAGACAGCCCCCUGCCUGCUCUCCAGCUGCACUCCUCUUCAUGACCCCCCACCUCAAAUACGGGAACGGCCAGGCCUGGAGCGGGGCGCUGCGGCCCUAGCUGAGGCCGGGGGCCUCUUUCGUGGACCAAGGGUCCCAGUGACAUUUUCUGCCUGAAGUCCCUGUGCAAAGGAGGGCAGCUGACCCACCCCGGGUUCCUGCCAACUCCCCAAAGGGCCUGUUCCUUGCCCCUCAGCCCAAAUGGCUGUCACCACCUCCCUGUUUUCGGGUGUUCAGAGCUCCCCCCUCAGGAACCCUGCCACCAGCCUGGAGGCUGGGAGGUCCCACUAGAGACAAUGGGCCAGGCAGCCCAGCUUUGCAGGGGGCAGCGAAGGCCCCUGUGUGCUUCCCCCAUCACCCCACCUCACCUCGCCCGCUCCCAAAGAGGUCAGGAGUAGAGCCUGCCCUUGUCCUCCCUAGAUGUAGCCAUUCCCUGCCCUGGCACCACAGCUCCACUGGGCCCAGCCUGCAUCGCGCAUGCCCUCCUGAGGGGCCCCACUAGCUGCGGCCUCCAGGUGUGGAAGGUGGGAGCUGGGAGCUCCAGUGCCUGGUGCCUGAGGCCACCUCCGCGCACCAGGAACAGCUGAGGUGGAAUUUGGACCCGCCCACCCCUUCCCCCUGCUGUGUUACAAGAAGCAUGCCCUAGGCAGGGCGGGGUGAGGCCUCUGGGUACCCCUGGUGCCCUGGCAAUACCACAGGGUGAAGCAGUGCCUGCCCUAAACCUGGAUCCACACUCAGGCCACCAGGAAAAGGGCCUGAGCCAACACACAGCCCAGGACACAGAAGGUGCUCAUGAAGUGCUAGCUGGCUGAAGGGACCGAUGCACAUGUAGCCCAGUCACCUGGCAGCGGGGGUCCAGGCUCCAGCCCCACCGGCCCUCAGGGGUAGAGGCAAUGCCAGGCCCAGGCUGGGCCAGGGUCAGCCUGGUGCCAAAGCAGGAGGGAGGUGGGCCAGGGCCUCCGACACCCCUCACUGAACUCCUCGCCUGCCUGUCCCACCCCCAGCUCCUGGCCCAGGGGAGAGCCAGACAUGGGCACACGAUUCUCAGGGCCCCUCGAGGGGUAGGAAGAGUCCAGGCGCAGAUGCCCACACUGGACCGCCUGGGACACGGGGGUCCAAGGGCCAGCCAUGGCCCCGGGGCUGGGUGGCACAUUGUAGUGGCACCUGGGAGACCUGGGGCUCGGGACAAGGCAGGAAAACAGCUAGACCCUCAGACUGAAACCUGGGCCAGAACCCCAGGCGCCCAGAGUCGCCUCCUCCCCUGAGCUGGUGUGGGCUCACUCUCCACUGCUCCAAACCUUUCAGAGGCGUCCUCUGCCCUUACAGAACAGCUGCCCACAGCCCCGCCUCCUCACAGCCCCCCACUGCUCCUGGAACUGGUCCACUCAUGCCAGCCUCAGGGCCUCUACAUGUGUGGCCCCCCCACUCCUCAGCAAGACCUGUCCUGAGCACCCCUCACUUAAGAUGACACCCCAAGUCUGACAUUCUGCCCCCUUGUACACUCUCGCCACAGCCCAAGAUGCUGAAUUAACAGAUCUGUCGCUGCCCAUAUCUGCUGGCUAGAAUGCGGCUCCAGGGCAGGGGCCUUUGUCUUGCUCUCAGCUGUGUCCCCAAUACCUGGCGUGGUAGGCAAUAAAUAUGUCAAACUAAUG